CUAAUGCUAUCAUUUCUUAUCAUCUUAUUUAUAAAUAUGAUAGCCUUCUUCAUGGGGUCACUCACACAUAGGAAGAACAAAGGCAAGCAAAUUAAAGCAAGAAACUGAUAUAAAUGGCCGCGGUUGUUCCGAGGAUGAAGCUUGGUUCUCAGGGUUUAGAAGUGUUUAGUCAAGGUCUUGGAUGUAUGGGAAUGUCUUUUUCUUAUGGUGCUCCUAAACCCGAGGAAGAUAUGAUCAAUCUUAUUCGCCACGCUGUUUGCUCCGGCAUCACCCUGUUUGAUACCUCUGACAUGUAUGGACCUCAUACUAAUGAGAUCCUCCUCGGCAAGGCAUUGAAGGAAGGAUGGAGGGAGAAAGUAGAGUUGGCUACAAAAUUCGGGAUUAACAACGUUGGGCCGAAAAUGGAGAUUAGGGGUGAUCCUGCAUACGUAAGAGCAGCGUGUGAGGGAAGCUUGAAGCGUCUGGGAAUUGAUUGCAUCGACCUCUAUUAUCAACAUCGGAUUGAUACUAAAGUCCCCAUUGAAAUCACGAUGGGAGAACUUAAGAAACUGGUUGAAGAGGGAAAAAUCAAGUACAUCGGUCUGUCUGAAGCAUCAGCUUCAACUAUCAGAAGAGCACACGCUGUCCACCCAUUAACAGCAGUUCAGCUGGAAUGGUCCUUGUGGACCAGAGAUGUGGAGGCUGAAAUAGUUCCUACCUGCAGGGAACUUGGGAUUGGAAUUGUGGCAUACAGUCCUCUUGGCAGGGGCUUUCUCUCUUAUGGACCUAAAAUUGUGGAGAGCUUUACUAAGGAGGACAGGCGGCAGUCCUUUCCAAGAUUCCGGCCAGAGAAUAUGGAACACAACAAACACAUAUUUGAACAAGUUUCAGAAAUUGCAGCAAAAAAAGGAUGUACCCCUGCACAGCUAGCACUUGCAUGGGUUCAUCACCAGGGAGAAGAUGUGUGUCCCAUUCCUGGAACCACCAAGAUUGAGAACCUCAACCAGAACAUUGGCGCUUUGUCCGUGAAGCUAUCUUCGGAGGAAAUGGCCAAGCUAGAAUCCCUCGUCUCUGAGAAUACUGUUAAGGGUGAUCGAUAUGCAUCUCUUUCUGGCACAUGGAAGAACUCAGAAACUCCACCGGUAUCCUUAUGGAAGGCUGAAUAGCAUGGUGAAUCUAAUACUUGGAUUAAGAUAAUGACUUUGUGCUACGAAACUCUACAACCUUCAAUUAUUCCAUAGUUACCUUCUUUUACUGCCUUUACUUUAUUGGAGGUAUUUGUGAUAGUUUUUGUUCACAAGAAUCUACUAAAGUAAAGGAAGUUGAUUUGAUGAACUCAUGGAGUCAUGAGAAACCAUUAUUAAUGCAAAUAGCAACUGCUCUGAAAUAAUAGGUAUUUGGUUACUUUUGA